GGUGGAACUGCACUUGCCGCGCUCUGUCGCACUUUGACACGCAGAUGCUGCGGAAGUUCGGCACCCAGCGCCGGCAGCCGGCGCUGUGGCGGCGGUGCCGUAGCCUCCGCCAAAUCAAGCAGGUCCACACCCUCCUGGUCCUCCGGGGCUUCCUCUCGGACCCCUCCGCGCUCCGCGAGCUCCUCUUCGCGUCCGCCGUCGCCGUGCGCGGCGCCAUCGCCCACGCCUACCACGUGUUCGACCAAAUCCCGCACCCGGACCUCUUCAUGUACAACACCCUCAUCCGCGGCGCCGCGCACACCUCCGCGCCCCGGGACGCCGUCUCCCUCUACGCGCGCAUGGCGCGGCUCAGCAGCUGCGGCGGCGUGAGGCCCGACAAGAUCACCUUCCCGUUCGUGCUCCGGGCGUGCACCGCCAUGGGCGCGGGUGGCACCGGGGCGCAGGUGCACGCGCAUGUCGUGAAGGCUGGACUGGAGUCCGACGCGUUCGUCAAGAACGCGCUCAUCGGCAUGCACGCGAGCUGCGGAGAGCUGGGUGUUGCAGGUGCUCUGUUUGACCUCAGGGCGCGUGAGGACGCUGUGGCGUGGUCGGCGAUGAUCAGCGGCUGUGCAAGGAGAGGGGAUAUUGGUGCUGCCCGGGAGCUGUUCGAUGAGUGUCCUGUAAAGGACCUUGUGUCCUGGAACGUGAUGAUCACCGCAUAUGCCAAGCGGGGGGAGAUGGCCCCAGCAAGAGAGCUGUUCGACCAGGCACCUGAGCGUGAUGUCGUGUGCUGGAACGCCAUGAUCUCUGGGUAUGUGAGAUGUGGCUCGCACAAGCAUGCCAUGGACUUGUUUGAGCAGAUGCAGCGCAUGGGCAAAAAGCCAGAUGUUAUCACAAUGCUGAGCUUACUGUCAGCCUGUGCCGACUCCGGUGAUCUAGAUGUUGGCCGAAGGUUGCAUUCCUCUCUUUCAGAGAAGUUCUCAGGAUCUGGUUUUACUGUAGUCCUGGGAAAUGCACUGAUCCACAUGUACGCAAAAUGCGGGAGCAUGAAGAGUGCACUGGAGGUGUUUCGGGUGAUGCGAGAUAAGGAUGUCUCAACUUGGAAUUCAAUCAUAGGAGGAUUGGCACUGCACGGGCACGCCCUGGACUCCAUAAACGUGUUCAAGAAAAUGUUGAAAGAGAGAGUCAGGCCUGAUGAGAUCACCUUCGUCGCAGUCCUUAUCGCAUGCAGCCAUGGCGGUAAGGUUGACAAGGGGCGUGAGUACUUCAAGUUGAUGCAACAGCAGUACAGGAUUGAGCCCAAUGUCAAGCACUAUGGUUGCAUGGUUGAUAUGCUGGGUCGUGCCGGGCUUCUGAAAGAAGCAUUUGAGUUCAUUGACACCAUGAAGGUGGAGCCUAAUUCUGUCAUCUGGAGGACGCUUCUUGGGGCUUGUAGGGUCCAUGGUGAGAUCGAACUGGCUGAGCAUGCUAACAGACAUCUGCUAAAGGCGAGGAGCGAUGACAGUGGGGAUUAUGUGCUCCUUUCAAACAUCUAUGCUUCAGCUGGAGAAUGGUUGGAGUCGGAGAAGAUGAGAAAAUUGAUGGACGACAGCGGUGUCAACAAGGAGGCAGGUCGCACGGUUGUAGAUGGCAGCGCGAAGGAUCAAAUGCAGUCUUUUAGAGAGUCAAAAUGCGCAUCAUGGUCUGAAAGGCUUUAUUGGUUGAGUAAGUACGCCUGGAUGGACGAAACCGCACCAUGUUUUGUGCGGGCGAGAGUGGCGACCUUCGUAUUGAUCAGCAUUGACAGGGUGCUUCAAAUCAACAUUUCCAUAAGUCGUACAACCAUAGCAUUGGCCUUAGGCGAAAAAACAAAACAUGUGUAGACAGUCACUACAUAUGUCUGGGCAUGAACUAGCUUAGAUAUUAAAACUAAAGUAAAACUCAAGGACAGUGGACGAGAUGAAGGGAAACAUGACACAAGGGGCAACCAAAUGACGUCUACCAGAUAAAUGUGACCCAGAACUGAAAGAGCAGAACUUAAAGGCGGAACAAAAUACCAUUGUCAUUAUGUUGCACCAUACAGAAACAAUUGAGCACAUAUUCUACACUUUCGCCCUUUAUUUGUGCGACUUCAGCAAAGAAAUAGAUUGUUGCUGCCACCGUGAGAAUCAUCAGCUCCUUUAGUUUUUGUAGUAAAAUUGAGAUGACAGUACAUUUUGAGGCAGCCAGUCUCCCCCAUAUAAAAUUCUUGGAAGGUCA